GCAAAUCGACGCACACAGCAGUUCACGCUUUUCUUUUGAACCACCUGCAUACUGCUCUUUCUGGCUUUCUGGGCGCCAAUUUCAGUUUUGUUAAUUUCGCACUCGUCUUUGCACAACACAUUUGACAAUGGAGAAGGAGUUUUCUAUCCCGGUCAAUCACGACGAUUUCAUUCACGACGUCGCGUACAACUUUUACGGCACGCGUCUGGCGACAUGCGGGUCCGACCGGAGCAUAAAGAUUUGGGACUGGAACAAACAGACAGGUCUGUGGGUGCUCAAUGAGUCCAUUUCGGCCCACGACAGCUCGGUGCUCAAGGUAAGCUGGGCGCACCCCGAGUUCGGGCAGGUCCUUGCCUCGUGCUCGCUCGACCGCACGGUCAAAAUCUGGAUCGAGCAGGAUGCAGCAGUCAAGGGCAGCACUGGACGCUGGAAGCUCGCGGCAACGCUUGUUGAAAGCACAGCCGCCAUACACAGCAUUGCCUUCGCCCCCGACUCCGACGGCACCGUCCGCUUCUACUCGCCCACCGAGGCGGUCAGCCUGCGCAACUGGACCGCCACGGACUCGGACGGCCCGCUGUGUGUGUCCUGGUGCAAGUCCAGGUUUUCCGCACCAAACAUGAUCGUGGUCGCCGGAAGCAAGGGGAACAGGGUGCGGGUAUUCCAGCUCAUCGCCAUGCGCUGCGUCGAGGUCCUGGAAAUCGACAAAUAUGACGCCCACGUCCUGGACGUCGACUGGGCGCCAUCCAUGGGCAGGUCGUUCCAUCUGAUCGCCACCGCCUGCGCCGACGGACACAUCCGCAUCUACAAAUUCUGCGCCCUCGAGGACUCGCUGUUCGUCCAUGAGGACUCGGAUCUCGACCACGAUGACGACGAUGACGACGACGACGUCACCGGCGAGGAGUCCAGCGAUAACGAGUCAUUGGCGAGCAUCCCAGAGGAGAGCAAAGACAAGUCUCAGGCGAAGCCCGUCGACAAGACUCCCGCACCGCGCGCAGAGCUGGUCGCCGACCUCGCUGCUGAGCCCACAGCGCCGGUUCGGCAUGUGCGGUGGAACAGCACUGGCACUCUGCUAGUGUCCAGCGGCGAUGACGGCGUUACCCGCGUCUGGCGGAUGAACAUCAACGGCGACUGGCGCGAGUCUGCCGUGGUCUCGGCCGAGAAGAGCUCCGCCGCUGCCGAGUAAGGCGGUUCUUUAUGAGAUAUUCGGAAUUUUUUUGUACUCUUCAGCAAAAAAUGGCUUUGUG